AUGAAGAUUGCGGUCAUUGGCAGUGGCAUCUCGGGCCUCUCGGCCGCGUACCUCCUCGGCGCCGACCAUGACGUGACCGUCUUCGAGUCGGAAGAGCGCCUCGGCAUGUGCUCGCACACCAUGCACUUUGGCGACGUGCACCUCGACAGCCCGAUCCGGUCCUACUCGACCGGCUUCUACGUCAACCUCGCCGCGCUCUACAAGGAAAUCGACGUCGAGACGCGCGAACUGCCGUGCGAUAUGGUCUUUCUCGAGCUCGGGCAGCGCCCGUUCUACCGCAGCAGCUCGUACACGCUGCUCGGGUACCGCCUUCCGUCCUUGCGCCACCUGGUGCACAUUUACAAGCAGUACUCGCUGCGCGCGCUUCUCGACGCACUGCACUUUUUCCGCCAGUCGCCCGACGCGACGCCGCCCUCGAUGAGCGUCGACGAGUACCUCAAGGCGCAGCGCUACUCGACCGAGUUCAUCGACGGAAUUCUCCUCCCGUUCCUCUCGAUGAUGCUCACGUGCUCGUACGAGGCGUGCCUCGCCUACCCGAUUACCGUCGUCCACGAUUACUUUAGCAAGUCGUCGUCCAUGAACCAGCGCGUGACUGUCAACGGGUCGGUCAACGUCGCGCGUCUUCUCUCGAGCCGCGCGUCGGCCGUGCACCUCAGCACCAAGAUCACGGGCGUCUACAAGGCAAAUGCCCAAGGUCUCGCCACGGUGACCUACCAAGCGCACGGUAGCCACGUUGAAGAGACGGCGACCUUUGAUCACGUCAUCGUCGCGUCCCAGGCCAACACGGCGCUCUCGUUCCUCAAGGACAUCGAUGCCGACGUUCGCGAAACGCUGUCGGCGAUCCCGCACGACUAUACGACGACCGUGGUCCACAAGGACCCGGUCGUGAUGCCGUCGACGCGCAGUGAUUGGUCGUUCUUCAACUUUGUGCUCCCGCGGUCGUCGUCGACGGAGACGCGGACGGGCAUGGACGCCAUGAUGACGCUCUGGCCGACGCGCUGGACGCCCGACAUCAAGGAGCUCGAAAACAUCUUCCAGACGUGGAACCCGAUUGUCGAGAUCAACCCGGCGCUCGUUUUGCGUCAAAUGGGUUUUAUUCGCCCCGUCUUCAACAAGCAGUCGUUCGCGCUCUUGCAGACGCUCAAGACGCAGCAAGGACGUGACGGCAUUUGGUUUGUCGGGCCGUACGCCCAUUUCCAAGUCCCGCUCCAGGAAAGCGCAGUGUGCUCGGCCCUCGACGUCGCCGCGCAACUCGGGUCGCCCGCGCCAUGGACAAGAGCCGACAAGGUGGCGACGAGAACGAAUUCGUCGUGGCCCUCGACGUUGUCGGUGCUGCUGCUUGGCGUGCCCGUUCUCACAGCCGCGACGCUGGCGUGGCGCAAGGUGACGUACUAAUAGAAGACCGACGUGUGCAUU